AAAAAUGCCAGAAUAUCAAUUUUGACAAUGGUUAUUUCACCUCGGGAAAGAAAACAUUUCAUUUACAGGAGAUGGUCAGCUAUAGUUGUCAUACUGGCUUUGUAACUCCAGAAGGACAAGAAACAGGAGUGAUACAGUGUCAAGAGAAUGGCUGGACUCCACCUCCAAAGUGCAUCACAAUAGAAUGUGAAAUGCUGACAUUGGCCAAUGGAGAUUUUUCUCCCAAGGAGGGUAAAUACCGCAAUGGAGAUGUUGUGAAAUUUACCUGUGCAAACAAUUACGUGAGAGUGGGACCUCCCUCUACUCAGUGCUAUUACUUUGGAUGGUUUCCAUCACCACCAGUGUGUAAAGUGAGUGUCAGAGGCUGUGGACCUCCACCUGAGAUUACCGAUGGAAAUAUUGCUGGUGGCAUUAUGGAACAAUAUCGGCAUGGGGACAGAAAGCAAUAUGAAUGCAACAUCAAAUUUAAAUUGGUUGGAUCAAAGGAAAUUGAAUGUGUUGAUGGACAAUGGUCAUCUCCUCCCUCUUGCAUUGAUCCAUCCCCUCGGUGUGUACUUCCAAGAGACGUUGAGCUUCUGCCCAGUGGUCGUGUUUCCAAGCAAAGAAAGGAGACUGGUUUCCGUAGAGUUAUACGUUAUAGAUGUACAUCAGCUGACAAAACUAUUAAACAGGCAACUUGUGUGUCUGGAAAAUGGUUACCAGAGAUUCAAU